GCCUCCUUCACCUUCGCCGACCACCGAUCGCCCUCGUCCCCUUCCCCUUCCCCGACCGCCUCCUUCGCCGACCGCCGACCGCACUCGUCUCCUUUCCCUUCGCCUAACCCUAAACCCUUCCCCGACCACCUCCUUGGCCUUCGCCUUCGCCGACCGCCGACCGCCCCCUUCCCCUUCUCCAACCCCUGCCCCCGCCCCCGCCCCCGCGCCAACGGACGUCUAGGGUUUCUCAGGAAAAGAAAGGCGCGGGGCAAUGGUGGUGGGCAGAGCAGCGGCCGGAGCAACGGGCGGAGCAACGGGGGGCGGGAAGAAAAAGAAAAGGACAAGUCCGCUGGUGGCGGUGCGUCCUCUUCUUUAACCCGGCAGGAGCGAGAAGAAAUGCUAGAUGCCUUAAUUGAGCAGGAAGUUCAGAAGAGAUGAACAAAAUAAAGGGGAAGAGGCUAUCCAAGUUCGAGCUCUCUGUAGAAGAUGCGGGGCAGCGAUUGAAGAUUGCCAAAGAGGACCAAACAUCUCUCGCUACCUUACCCAAAUUUGAGCUUGACAUCGAUUGUGAUAUUUUGGAUUACAUUAAUCUUCUGAAGGAUAGAAUGUUUCACCACCGAACACGUGGGUCGUAUUACUUCGGUGGUGGAGUCGUGGCCACCCCACCAAUGGGCGGUGAUGAGACAUUCAACAUGAUUGAAUUCAUGGAGACAACCCAGCGAGGCUCUAAGCGUUCUGUUAUGCAGUGCAUUUUUAGCGAUAAUGAUCUUUACUAUCAAUUGUUUAGAGCAACUAUACUCCAGGCAACUUUUACAGACUUGGUGGUACUAAAAGGGAGUCCCCGGAGAAGUUAUUUGGAAAGCUUAAUGAUGUCAUAGGAGCCCCUGAGUCCUAUGAUGAUACGUAAGUAAUUACUUUCACAAACUCACUUAGUAUGUAAUGAAUUCCUUAGUUCCAGAUUGGGCAGUUUUCCUAUUUCUGUCAACAGCCAUUUUAGACAGUUAUGCAUUCUAAGCAUUUGUGGGGAUUUUUCUAAAGUGACCCCAACAUAUUAUAUAUAUUUUUGGGGUAGAAAGAUCCAAUGAAUCCAGUGGUAGCAAUAGUUUUUGCAUUUGAGCAAGUGAGUAUAAGCUGUAAUAUUCAAGCACCUGUGACUUUCCUAACAGAUUUUAAACCAACAAAUUAGUAGUGCUUAUUUCUGAAACUUGGCUUCAGUUAUAAAUGGUCGGAUUUUGCAUGCAUGAUUUAAUGUUCACUAUGCAUGCAUGAUUUUUCAGAUUAUAAUGGUCCCUAUGUAAAUGCCAACAUUAUUUCUGAAACUUGGGUGCAUGCUGAAAAUUAUUUGGGUGCAUGAAAAACCGAAUUCAGUAGUACUUGAGUCCAGAUUGUAUAUACAGUUGUCUAGGUUACAGAAAUUUUCAGAACAAUAUGUCAUGCUGCCAGUCAUGAUGAUGAUCAUUGUAAUUCAGUAUAACUGCUGUUGUAGAACUGUUGCUGCUCGUGAUGAUCAUUGUACAUUCAGUAGAACUGUUACUGAGAUUGGAGUACCAAAUUUCUUGUCAUUCUGCUAAUGAAGAUAUUAUAACCCGAGAAUUAGUUUUGCCUGUCAAGUACAGCAGCGGAGCCAACAUUUUAAUUUUGAGUGUAGAUAAAUCCAAUUUUAUUUUUAUCAAUUCACCAAUUCCAGUCUUAUCUAUCGGCCCGCUCCUCUUGAUAUAUUUUAUACUAAAAUUUUAUACUUAUCAUACUAUCAUGUUAAGGAUUAUAGUUUUAUUAAUUAUUUGGCAUACUUAACAACAUAACAAAUUUAAAUAUUAGUUGUUUUAUUUAUUUAUUAUAUAUUUGUAAUAUAUAUUAUUGAAAAAUACUCACGCGUUGCUCUAAAUUCAGUUUGUACUUUAUAACAAAAAUGAUUUUAUUAAAUAGUGUUUCAUACUUGUGUAAAUUAUAUAGUUUAUACAUAUUUAUGUUAUAUAUAUCUCUAAACAUAUGGUUUGACAAAUAUCCAUAAUAGUUGUUGUACUAUAUGAUUAGGAAAACAUAUAUGUAGAAAAUUCUAGAGUACAAAUUUAAUCGUAUAUAAGGAAUUGCUUCAUAUACUCAUUUUUAGAGCAUUCAUGUACAACUUUAAUCAUAUACUCCCUCCGUUCCUAAAUAUUUGUCUUUCUACAGAUUUUAAAUGGUUACCACAUACGGAUGUAUAUAGACAUAUUUUAGAGUGUAGAUUCACUCAUUUUGCUCCGUAUGUAGUUACUUAUUGAAAUCUCUAAAAAGAUAAAUAUUUAGGAACGGAGGGAGUAUUUGCUAGACCAUAUUGUUUAACAGAUAGGCAUAUAUACUCUUUUUUAAAUAGGAAAUAAUGGGUGUACAUCUGUACACCCAUGUACUCAUCUAGCUCCGCCCAUGGUCAAGUAUAGAAUCAGAAAUUACCAUCAUUCUUUUGAAAAUUCAGUUAGAGCCAUAGCCAAGUGUACCUUUCUUUUGAGAUGACAGUUAGAGCCAUAGUCAACAAGCUACUGAAAGUUUCGAUUACUGAUGAAAAGCAAUCAAUAUUUAAGUAAUCAGUUCAUCUGUUUCAAGAAAGUGAGUGUUUCAUGAAAAGCAAUCAGUUUUUGGAGUACUCAUGUUACUGAAUAGUCCUGAAUAUUGAUCCUAGUGUUAACUGAAUAUGCUAAACUGAAGAAAUGUGUACCUUGCUUGAUCAAGUUUAUUUUCAGUAAACAAUGGCCAAGUUUAUUUUUCGUAGAUCAAGUUUAUUUUCAGUAAAUGUAGAGGAAAUUGCUACAGGAGCAACCAUUAGAAAGAUGAAAGAAGAAAGUGCCUCCAGAAUCAUUUCAGAUUUGUGUUUGUCAAAUUUCCUAAUCAGGCUACGUCUGAAGUUUUCUGAACCCUGAACUGUUGGCAAGUGCAGUGAAGUUUUCUUAACCCUGAACUGCAGUGCACUCACCAAGGUCAGUUGGGACGGCCCCGGCGCGGGGUCGACACUCACCAAGGUCCAACCUUGACGAGCAAGCUCACCAUGGCCUGCUCGAUGGCAGAAAGGAAGGAGGCAGCAGGGAGGAACUCGCCAUGGAGAAAGGAGGAGGAGCUCGGCAUGGCGACGACGAGGGACUCAAGGAAUGGGAGAAGUCGUUCCUUGAGCUUUCUCAAGGGAGUUGAGGCACGGCGAAAAAGAGAAGGGAAGUGCGCGCGGGAGUUGCGUGAAGCAUGGGGAAGCUGCGAGGUGUCGCCGAUGAGUGGGCAAGCGAGCGUGGUCAGAAAGGGGGAAGGGGACGGUACUGCGGGUUAUGUUGGGAAAAGACAGUUUUAUUUAUUUUGCAAAAUUCACGCGGCGCCAUCCUUUUCCGGACGGAGGGAGUACUACAUUGUAGAUCAGAUUUGCAUAGUUCUACCAAAUGCCUUGAUUUGAUCUCUUA